GCAGCGUGCGGAUUAAUAGUGUUGCUGUCAGAUUUUGGAAAUGAUAGCUCGUUAUUCUAUCAUAAGAAUUUAAAUCUUCACAUUAACAUUAAUUGCCAAGUGUUACUUAAAUAUAGGAUAAUAUUAUUCAAAGUUUAAACGGUGCUGGACAGUGCAGUAGAACAGUUUUCAAAUGAUAUAUUGUUGACAAUUAAAAUGGCUGAUUGUCAGGACUCAGAAAAACCUGACGACCCCAUGAAACAAUAUGAAUUCGAUGGUCAGUCUUAUAUAUACAAGGAUCCUACGAGCAAUGUAACAUACAGGUUUGAUCAAGAGAAGAAUGAAUGGGUAGUGAAAGAAAAAGAAGAAACAAAAGCAGACGAUUUAAAUACUGAUCAAGACAAGGCACAAGAAGGAGUAUUUGGUUUUGAAAAUGACACCCAUACGUAUACAGACCCUAAUGAUGGCAGUGUCUACUUUUGGGAUAAAGAGAAAAAUGCAUGGUUUCCUAAGGUUGACGACGAUUUCAUGGCAAGAUAUCAGAUGAGUUAUGGAUUCACAGACUCGAGUGCAACAGAAACAAAAUCUGUAGAAUCCCAAUCUACAGCAAAGGUUGACAAAGAAAAGAAAAAGAUGGAAGCUAAACGAAAAGCACAGGAGCCACCAACUUGGUUUGAAGUAGAUGAAGCGCAUAACACUGCUAUUUAUGUGUCCGGUCUACCAUUGGAUAUCACUCGCGAGGAGCUUUCCGAACUUUUCAACAAAUGUGGCCUCAUAGCGCGAGACGAAAAAGGAAAGGACAAGAUCAAAUUGUAUAGAGACUCGAAUGGACAACCAAAGGGCGAUGCACUUUGCAUUUAUAUAAAGGUCGAGUCAGUCGAUUUGGCGCUAAAGAUCUUGGAUAAUUCACAAAUUAGGGGGAAAACGUUGUCUGUUCAGAGGGCAAAGUUUCAAAUGAAAGGGAAUGCCUACGAUCCAGCCUUGAAACCGAAAAGGAAAAAGAAAGAUAAAGAACGACAGAAAAAGAUCCACGAAAAAUUAUUUGAUUGGAGACCUGAGCGCCCGUUGGGCGAGCCGCAGAAGCACGAAAGAGUGGUAAUUAUAAAAAAUCUUUUCUCGCCGGAGGACUUCGAUAAAGAGGUCGCGUUAUUACUGGAAUAUCAGCAGGAUAUCAGGUCCGAAUGUCUAAAAUGCGGUGAUGUCCGAAAAGUUAUUAUUUACGACAGACAUCCAGAAGGCGUUGCGCAAGUGACAUUCCGAGAAUCUGUAGAAGCUCAGGCUUGUGUGCAGUUACUCAACGGUCGUUGGUUCAGUCAGAGGAAAAUAUCGGCUGAAAUCUGGGACGGGAAAACGAAAUACAAAGUUUCAGAAACGGACGCAGAAAUCGAGGCUCGAAUCGCAAAAUGGGACAAAUUUCUCGAGGACGGGGACGAAGAGAAAAGGACAAAAUCUGGGAAGAAUGAAAAGAAAAGCGAUCAGAAACAACGCGAGGGAAAGCCUGAAACAGAAAAGGUCUCGGAGAAGCCCGAAACGAUCGAAGAAACGGAACUGUCGUCGAAUUCCGAGGAUUCGCAGGAGGCAGCUGGGAAUAACGAAUAAAAUAGCAAAAAGAUUUGUACCAGAUAUUUCAGCGCAGAAUAAAAACCAAAAAAAAAAAAAUUUGUAUGAGCAAACGCUUUUAAAAUAACUAAGAGUAAUA